AUGCAUACACAUACCAAUGGCCAGCGGAAGGUAUCCCCUCCCGGCCCGAGCUACAUGUCCAACGACCAAAUUGCCAGCUACUUGAAAGAUCUCCGAACAAAUCGACCUGCCCGCCCUACAGGAUCACGACCCUUGCCGGGCAAAGCAGCUGCGUCUACGCCCGAUCUCCAUGACACCCUUCCUCCAAGAGCAGCGUCUGCGUUAUCAUUACACCAUCAAACUCAGGAUGUUGAGGACCAUCCUCGCUCAGGGAGCGCGAUGUCCCAUCGUCGCACCUCAUCUCAUGCUCCUGGGGGUGGCCCACCAGGACGUCCGUUAGUCCAAGAGCCGCGAUCGGUCUCCAUCCGAAAGAACGCCUAUCCCUCCCAGGUUUUUUCGCAUCCUGUUCCCGCAUCCCCCGCUCCAUCUUAUCGGGAGAAUGGGCAGCGCCGGCAUGAAAAGGAAGAGGCGCGAUCCCUUCGAGAUGCCCUGCAGGAAAUGGAUCUGCAGGAUGAUGUUCGUAUCCAUCAAGCCGCCCAAGACGAAGCCACAGAGCUAGUAUGGCUGCACCAGCACCCCGGUGUGGCUUACAAGAGCCCGCACGCGGCCUACCGGAACCCCGAUGCCACUAGACGCAGCCAAAGCCCCGUGAAAGAUCAUUCAGCGGAGGUUACUGGUGGGAAGGCCCCGAGAAGGUUUGGUCUUUCGAAGAAUCGACAUUCAAUGUCCUCGGCUAGUUCUUCGGGUGGUAAUAGCCCAGACCUAGCUGAGACGAACCAAGUAUUUACUGGCUCCCGCAGGCAUUCAACCCUCGCGGGGUCUUCGAAGAAGAAUCUUAAGGUCAACUUUGCAUUGCCUCCCGAUGAAACACCCUCAGACCCCCAUCCUGUUUGUGGUCCCAGACCGAGGGACGUCAGCAGUGAUUCCUCCAAGGGUAUCUUCAGGAAUCCUAAUGAUCAUAUCUACGAGGAACCCAGCGAUUCUAUUGAAAAAGAGCAUCAAGCUCGACAUGACUUUUCUAAGUCUGACUCGUCGGCCUUGAGAAACAAACCGCGUAAUGCUCUUCCGCGCGCUCCCAAACCACUCCCGUGGCUGCGGGAUAGAAACUCCAACAAUAGCCCUGUGAUGGAAAAGAUCUCCCGUUUUGAAAUUCACAAAAACCCACCCAGCCAGUCUCGAAACGCUGGCUACACAAGCAACGAUCCUGUGCCUCAGCCACAAACGAAAGAUGAUGUCCCAACGAAGAACGGAAAAGAGAUCCGCAGUGAUGACAUCCGCGCGGCUACAAGCAAGAAACUGAAAGACCGUAGCGAGAGCUUACCCAUGCCUUCCGCUGUCAGUGACAAGUUCGGGCGGCCGAUCGUGAGCUUCGACCCAUCAUGGCAGCCCAGUGAUCAACCAAAGCCCAAUCGCCAGGGUUUCGGGCGACAGGAGCAAGCCUCGCCUUCACCCGCACCAGCGGCACCAGCGGCACCAGUUAUUGAAGUUUCCGAAGCGCCGCCUGUGCCAGUGAUCAAUGUUCCAGACAUUAAAGAGCCGACUAUCUCAGAAAUCUCGGAACCUCCGCAAGCUGAGACCAAACCCACACGGCAGCCAUCGCCAACGAAAAACAGCCAGACUCAACAGACAGCUCCGAGAAAGCCAGUUUCAGAACUGCAGGACCGUUGGUAUUCUCCGUACACACGGUCGGGCGUUCCGACUGCACGCUGCGAGUGCUGCUCUCUUUCUAUCUCUGGAAAGAUUGUGACCGCGGGAGGAUCGCGGUUUCAUCCCGAAUGUUUCACCUGCUUCCACUGUCAGACCCCGCUGGAAUGCGUGGCUUUCUACCAAGAGCCCGAGGCCAGUAGGACCGAGAGACUAGCCAAUGCCUCAAUUGAUAAAGAUGCUCGGACGCUCCGGUUUUACUGUCACUUGGACUUCCACGAGUUGUUCAGCCCGCGCUGCAAGAGCUGCAAGACUCCCAUCGAAGGUGAAGUGGUGGUGGCCUGUGGUGCUGAAUGGCAUGUUGGCCACUUCUUCUGUGCGGAAUGUGGAGAUCCCUUCAACUCGCAGACUCCAUUUGUGGAAAAGGAUGGUUUUGCAUGGUGUCUUGGGUGCCAUUCUCGCCGCACUGCUCCACGCUGCUUGGGAUGCAAGCAGAAUGUCAUGGAUGACGUUGUCAUCACCGCCAUUGGCGGACAAUGGCACGACCGCUGCUUCGCCUGUCACGAGUGUGGUGAUGGAUUUGGACCAGAUGGUCGCUUCUUUGUCCGCGAGGGUGAGCCAAGAAGAACCGCCAAGGGUCGCAUCAUUGGCGGUCCUGUGCAACUGGCCAUCUGCGAGAAAUGUGAGGGGAUCCGGCUCAAGGCACCCGGGAUGUGCUGA